CUCCCGCUAUCAUAUAAAAUAUAAUUCAUGUGCCGUUGACACAAGUGUGCAAUUGUCGCGAGUGUUAUUACAGUAGUCUGGGUACAGUUUUAUAAGAUCUAAGUUAUUCAUUGCCGUGAAGCAGCGCGCCGUACACUAUGUCAGGUACCCGUUAUCAGUUAGGUGCGAGUUAUCCGAGUGCAUCGGCGGGUGCGGGGCGGGCGCGGGGCGGGCGCGGUGCCGCGAGCGAAGGAGGUCAGUGUGCGCGCGGGAAUUGGGUCAGGGCGGUAUCGGAUGCAUCCGGCUCGGGCGCGCUCGGGCCGCGUCGGGCGGCGUCGGACGCGCCGGCGCGGGGCCCCCAUCGAUCGCCGCCCACGCGGCGCAGCGCCGCUCGAGUGCUCCGCGAGUCGCGACGCGAGUCCCGGGCUUGGCCCCUCAACGAUGGCGGCGUGAGCGCGCGCCGCCCGCGGCCUCCGGCGGACAUGCCGCGAUGGCCAGAGAGAGUGAAGUGACAAGAUGAUAGUCGAGAUACAGGAGGAGGUUAGAGGAAAGAGGCCUUUCAAGAUAUGGGAUAGCUCGAGGAACGUGAGGAAGGGGCUGGUUGUCACUAGCUUUGAGGAAUUAAUUCAUAGAGGUAAAGAGAAGUUAUCGGUAGCGGCGAGUGAGCCGGUGCGGCUGGUGCUCGAGAGCGACGGCACGCAGGUGGAGGACGGUGACUACUGGCGCACGCUCCCGCCCAAUACUGUGCUGCUACUGCUGCGCCAGGGCGAGCGCUGGUACCCCACGGGCGUCGACGUCAUCAAAGCUGCGAUAUCGGCGAUUCCAAAAAUAGUAUGCGAGACGAUCCACGCUCUCGAACUGCACGAUGAAACACCUUCAUGGAAGAUCAUGGACAACAAAGGGCGAGUCACGGUGGUGCUGCACUGGGAUCAGCGGCCCCAGGCGUCGCCGGCUGCGCGAUCCCCCUCGCGGCAGGCCAAGCCCGACCGGCGGCCGUCGCUCGUCAUCCAGACGUCCCUGGACCGGCCGCAGCCGCCGCCGCCGCACAUCACCGUCGUAAACCACGACGAGCCGGGUCCGGCGCGCGGCCGCCUCUCACGCGCCUCCGGCUCCCUCGACCACCCGCCCGGGGCGGUGCACGUGCACACGUCUGAGUGUCGCGCCGGAGCCGUUUCACCUGCGCCCGUGCCGCCCGCCCCGUCGCGACCGCCACCCGACGAGUGCGACUUCCACUGUUGCGCACUGCACGAGGAGGGUCGCCGUAUCGCUGUGCACAAGAGCGUCGCCACAUCACCUAUACAAGACGCACAACCGCGCGCUUCACCGCAGGGCCGCCCCAAAGGGCACGUGCGGUUUCUCGAUGCCGAAUCGGCACGCCGCGGCGAGCGCGACUCUUCAGAAAGCGAGACCGAGAACACGCUAGUCGAAGACGAAGCCGUCACCUCUGAAAAGUUCUUGCUGUUGAUCGAUCAGCUGAGUGUCGACCAGAAGAGGCACCUCACCAUCAAAGACAUAGGCAUCAUUCUCGAGAGACUGAGCUCGAAGAUCCUCGACGUGGAAAGGCUAGAUCGCGAGUCCGAGUCGGACGACUGCUACAACUGGACGAUAAAGGCGACGAUACGAGGUGACGCCCUACGCGAGUUGGGUGUGAUCUACAACGGGAACUAUUAUGCGAUCAGCGAGCACCCGGGAUACCGGGAGGAGAACGAAGAGGCCGGAGACGAGGGCGAGGAGGAGGAGGAGGAAGACAGGCUCUGAUCUGGCCUGUGCGGCGCCGCCGUGCCCGCCGCCGCCGCUGCCGUGCGCCACGCGCUGUGUCGCAUCGCCGCGCGCUGAGCGGGCACUGCGUCCGCCGCACGACCCGCCCCGCCCCGCCCCGCUCCCAGGGGCCUGCGACACUCUGUCGACCUGCCAGCUCGCCUCGCGACUGGACCUCGACUGUCGUAUGAAUAAGGAAGAACUGGAAGAACACACUAGAUCGGGAGUACCGAAGCGUCGUAAGAUCACAACGUGCCCAUGCCAUCGAACGAACAGCCCUGUCGAACGACCCCUGUGCCAUACUGGAAUGCGACUCUUGAUCCGUUCCGGUUUGUAUUGUGCUACAUGUGCACACUUUUUAAGCCAGAUCGAUCGUAACGUAAGCGAGGAGCUUGAAACGAAUCGCUGUGAAUGUUUAGAGACUUUUAUGAAAUUUUUGACGGUGGCGCCUCGUGUGCGUCGCGUCGUCGUUCGCCGCGAGGUGUACCGUCGAGUCCUAGUUAAUAAAUAUCUAGCGGAUUUAUUGUAAGUAAAAACUGACUUCCUAUCGAUUUCUAAGGUGAUUACUUAGGUGCAGGCGCGGCGGCCGGUGGACGCGCGUCCGCUGGGCGCCCGCAUUCACUAUAUAGCGUUAUGCGUAUGUAUUAUAUCCGAUGUCGCCGUGCCACCGGACACACCAGCACAAAUGUUCAGCAUCGACCGUCAACGUUCUUAGUUGUGUAAUAAACGAGUUUGUAUGUGUCAGCGACGACUCGCGAAAUCUCUAGAUGUUCCGCGAACACAUGUUCGCGAGCAUGCGGCACCGUAUGCGGCAGCGGCUAUUUUCGGCCGCGUCGGCUCGGUUCGCAGUGCGGCUGUAUUAUUUAUUCACGUUCGAGUUGGCCUAAUGUUUUCAGAUAUGUGUUACUGAAAUAGAACUUCUGCAUUGUGGCAUCCUGUAUUGUCGUUGCCGUUAAGGUCUAAAUAAACACCGCAAUCGUGUGUAAGACUACAGAAAAACAAUAAAUAUACAAAAAUCGUAUUACGUCUAAUUCUAUACAUGUGGUAUUCGAAAUAUACAAUACUUGUUACUGAAUGACGGAGGUGUAAACAAUUUGUUCGAUUAUUCGGUUGAUAUAUAUAUAUAUAUAUGUAUUCACGACGACAUGAUGUAGUUUAACAUCAGCAAACGGGAUGGGAGCUGUUUUGAAUACUGAGGCCUAACAAAGGCCGGCCUCUCGCACACGAGAGAGGGUGCACCGCACGCGAGAAUGGCAUAACCUUUACGGGAAAAUACGUUAAAGUUUCAAAUCAAGAUGUUGUUUCAGAGAGAGCACAUACAUUAUUGUAAUAGAUAUUAAUAAAUUACAUUAAAUUAAAUAAUAUAAAUUGAAUGUUAUAAAAGAGGUUGUAACUAAAAAUACGAAUAAACCGUGGCCGCAUCAUGACGUGGUGCCGUACGGCAUCGGUAGUCGUAAGUUGAUUCUUGUAUUUAUUAGCUCUAUGGUAUUGUAGUAUUAUUGUAUAACGUUUUUAAUUUUUGUAUAGUACGGAGGCGCGGUCGAGACGCGUCUUGUGUAUGAUAUAAAUGAAAUUUAAUAAGUUUUACAGCCUCGCCGGGGCUCAUAAAUUGUAUAGAUAUUUAAGGUGUAAUAUUAACGAUUAUUAUUAUUAAAUUAAUAUGAUUAUUGAAUACGUGAUUACCUGCACUUGUAAGUGACGAGGUAUAGUUCAGUUCGUUGAGGUUGGUGGCGUGAUGUUCAUUUUUGGCGUCAAUGAGCGAAUGUAUCCUAACAUUUUUGAUGUACCUUCCGUUGUAUGUAUGUACUCACGCAAGUACACGUGGCAUUUGUGUAUCUAUCUACUGUUUAUCAUUUUCUUUGUAUAUUUUUACGGUUCAUGAAAAUGGGACAUUUCAACUACACUACCUCAUAAUUAAUUUCUAUGUAAACCUAGCUUACGUUGAUAUAGAUAUUUAUAUAAAAAUAAUUAAUAUUUCGAAUAAAAUCGUAAUGGCAUCUGUACUUUACAGUAUUAGAUAGAUUCUUCGGUGUUUAAAGUUUUCAUGAACCGUUUCCUUUGUCUUUUGAUGUUCUUUCUAAUGCAUUGUUAUUGUAUAUAAUUUAAUCGGAUAUCGUGAUUUGUUGAAAAAAAAACUGUAUACAAAAUUCACCUUUCUUUGAACGCAAUAAAUGGAAACGUUAAUUUCAAACAUAGAGUGUUUUCUAAACGAAGGUCUUUUUCAAAAGUACAGUAUGAAGAAUAUGUACUCAAUCUAUUAGACCGGGAGCUGUGGAAUACGUGUUGAUGUGAGCGACCGCGAACUAAUAAAUUUAUUAGUGUUUCUUGUAAACGGACGCGCUUGUGACUUCAAAUUUUGGAAUGUCUUAUUGUCUGUACUUUCUCGGUGCUCAAUUAUCGAUGUUUCUGACGAGAAUAUUCUAAAUAUUAUUGAGGUACACUGGGGCCGUUGCGCCCGGCGUGCCGUGAAGUCACUGUGCGCGAGCGGCUCGCGAGCGGCUCGCGAGCGAUCCUUCUGUUACUCCUAUUACGAGAAUUCGUUUGUACAGCUAAUGGUGAGUCUAUAAUGUUACGGCUCGUUACGCACAUUAUUAUAUAAUAUGUAGUUGAGAAACGUUCCGUUUUAAUAUUUUUAUGUGUAUAGGAUAAUAAUGAGGUAUUAUGAUUAUGAAUGGUUUGUGGCCACGCGGCUUUGUCCACUAUUGUAUCGGGUGCGACUGACAGUGCGGUGUCACGACUGACAGUAUAACAAUACCCGCUGCUUUUGGGUUGUGCAAUCUCGGGAAUGGAUCUGAUGAAACGAUUGCUCAAGGAUAUUUGUUGAAUUAAGCCGUAGAUGUAAAAGGCAUGUUUAUUUCAUAUUUAUAGAAAAAAAAAGGUUUUUUGCUCAUUUCUUACAGCGUUUUUUGGAUGUCAGUCGUGGCACUCGAUGCUCCGUUGUAGACUUCAGAACGUACUUUUUGUGUCGGGGCUCCCGCGCUAUAAACGCCGCUGGCUGAUGAUAAAUUUCAAUAUAUAAAAUAUAGAUUGGUGUAACUUGGAUUAAGCAUCUAAGGCAGGUAUUGAGGAGCCAGCCAGAUAUUUAUCGGCAGCUUCACACGUUCAAUUGCAUUUUCAUUAAUUCAUGCCGUCACCAGGAAUUUUAAGUUUUGAUGGAGAAAUAUUGUUUUUUUUGCCACUUAAAGGAAAUAUAGAAUUACCAAGCUAAAUAUCUACAAGAUGUUUAAAGGGUUAAAUAUCGUCUUUUUUCCGCUGAUGAAAAGCUAUACAUUCAUUAUCUGUGUCACCAUUAUUGCAACUUCGUGACGACAUUCUCAUUAUGUGAAAAACCUGAUGUUACAAUUUUAUUUUAAUACAUUCUGAUAAAAAAAUCAUGGAAAAAUGAUGCUGUUGAAUAUGGCUCCUCAAAUUCAUGGGACGCGCCAAAAAGAGCAGGCGUUUUUUACAGAAUUUCUUGAAAGAUCUGAAAGUGCACUGACGUGAGAUAUUGCGGCGAGUGGCGCCCUGACCCAGGACUGAUUUUAAGAGGCGAAAGCUGAGUUUGCCUCCCGCCCAACGCAGCCGUAACAAUAUCGUUGUAAACAUAUACCGUAAGAAGGCGCCGUGUAUCGAAUAAUAUAAACCUACAUAAUAUAACAUUAGAUUAACAUACCACGUAAAGAUACCAACAGUUUUUAGAACGAACUUGCGUUUUUUGCAAUAUAUAUUAUAAUUUUUUUUUAAAUAAAUCCCUCGUAAUAAUAAUAAUAAUAUCAUAGACUUGACAAAUACGUAAAUUGUGAAUGUUUAGACGACUUCAAAGCAUAAACGAUUCGAAUUAUUAGUACAAUUUUUAGAGUGCAGUUUUGUCUUUUUUUUAAAAUGUGCCAAAUUAUUUUGUAUGUUAAAUACUGGCGAACAAUAAUAAAAAUUCGUACACAGAAAUCGCAAAUUUUGAUAUUAACGAAAGAGUUCAUUGUAGAUCAUUGAAACUUUUUUUUUUAAAUUAUCUUAGAAAGAGAAAAAAUAUAUAAAGGAACAUUGUAAUUUUUUUAAUAAUGUAACUGCUCGAUGUUGAAAUCUAAAGAGAAUAUUACUAGAAAAAAUUCCACGCGUCUACUGCCUGGUCCGCUUGGAUUUUUUUCUAGAACAUAUUUCAAAGUAUUUAGUGAAGUUCGUAUUCAAUAGGCCUAGGCCUACUGUGAAUACUGCUGUGAAUUGGGGAGGGGAAAAAAUAUAAAUUUUAGUUGUGUAAUAAUUUCGAGAUUUUUGUGUAAGAUUUUUUUAUUUUUCUCCGUCAGUGUAUCAUUAUUAUUAUAAUGUAUUUCACGUAUAAAUUGUACACCCCGACUAACUUCUUGGGCAACGACAAUAGACAAAGUAAAAUGCGCAGCAGCAAUUUUACAUGCAAAAUCUUUUCUAGUGCGCUAGUUUAUUUGCCUGUGGUUUGCACAAGAAGCUUGCCGACACCAUACCACCGUAAUAUUAUCUAUACAGUAUUGUGACUCCGCCCUGUCCUUGAAAUAAAUGCCUACGGCCGAGCGCUGCGUCAGCACGCGGUAGGGCCGCCCGCCUACAGUAUUUUAAUUUCAUCUACAUAAUUGAGUUUCUUUCUAGUUUUGUGAUUGUAAAUAUUUUAUUUUAUAUGGAAAGAUUCUCUGCAAGCCCAUAUACCUAUAUCGUAGGAAAGCAUUAAAAAUAACUAUUCCGCCAUGUUGGAUUUAGAAUGACGUCACACAGCUAACCGUGCUUUUUAAUCAAAACGUGUAUAUACAAAAUUUCAGCUCAACCGGUUGAAGAUAUCUGCUUCAAAAUUGAGUUCCAAGAUUCCACCCGAACAAACAAAGUUAUAUACCUACCUAUAUUGCAAGUUAAUAUUUACAAUACAAAACGCACGUUUAAGCACGGCUAACUGCAUAAAAAACAAUUCAGACCGUUCGGUCGUCGUUGCGGCGCGGCGGCGCAUUUCGCGACUGGGUGCCCGCCGAGAGCCCAUCGAACUCGAGUGGCGUAGGUAUGACUCGCUUUCCGACCGUUUGUAUGAAGAUAGAAUACUGUAUAGAUAUUAUUACCGUGACCAUACCGUGUUUGGUUGCAUUUUAUGUAUGUUUGCAUUGCUAAAAAUCAUACACGAAUUAGUUAAAGGAAACAUACUUUUUUGAGUGGUUUUUUGAGAUUAUGUUAACCGAGUCAGGAUUUUUUUUUAAAUAGCAUUUAUGUUAACAUACAAAAAAUUGAGAAAAAAAGGUUCAAUUAUACUUACAUUUAGUUUCAUAACAUAACAGUAUAUGAUUUUACAUUAAUAACGAAUUUUUAUUGAUAGUUAUAAAUAUGUUAUAUUAAGAAUAGACUAGGGACUGAUUGUAUAACUUUUUCACUUUUUGCAAUUUGAAGGGGUCGAAGACAUGUGUCUAUGGAACAUGCAAGUUCCAUAGACACGUGUCUUCUCGUUCCCAACUAUGUUAAGCGAACACAGAAAGUGUAAAAGUAACACAAUAAGGCCUCAGAAUUGUUUUUAUAUCAUGAAAUACAUUAUGAAGCUCAUUUAGUGCCAAAAAGGUAAACAUGGUUUUCAGUAACAAUUUACAAUUGUAAAAAAGAAAAACAAAAUGUCGACACCUUUAGAAUGACUAUUAAAAUCAUUUAAAAUGGAUUUUGAAGUCCCUGUAACUGUUGACGUCUAUGACUGUAUAAUUUUUAUUAUGGAUAGACUUAUAUUUCAUCGGCCGGCAAUUCUAUUAAUGGUUGGUUUAUUAAUAAAAUAUAUAGUUUUUGUAUUUUUGAGACAAAACUCUAUAAGUAGAACGCUGAGCGUUCUUCUUUCAUUAAAAUAGAAUAGUUUCAAUUUAAUUAUUUAUCUUCAAAAUACCACGCGUGCGGGAGUCGGUUUUCAAGCCGUUUGUAAGAAAAACAGUCACUGAAUUGAUUACAUUGUAUGUGCAUCUGAUGAAAUGAAUUCAAUAGGGAUGAUGACAAUUUUAUUUUCUUCAUUUAUCAGGUAGAUUAUCAAAAAGUAUUGGACUAGUAUUUUUUCUUUUUUCACAUAACAUAAACAUUGCAGAGAUAUAUUUAUUUGAAAAGUCGCGUGACGUCACGUUUGAGUACACUUUUAAGUGAAAAUUCACUAAAAAGUGACGUCACGAGCCCCUACUCCCAAACUUUGACGCGCUAUAACUUUGUCAUUUUUAGGUUGAUUGCCCAAAGAAAAAAUAUGUGUCCAUUAUUUUUUGAUCAUCUAACUGACGGACUAAAUAGAAUUUCGUUUACUGUACCCCGUCAUCACCCCUAUUAUAUUAUCUGAACUGAUAUAAUUGAAUUAAAUUUUGACAUGCUCUCUUUAGUAAAGAAGCAAUUUUCUAGCGAAAUUUGUCUCAGUCAGUCCAGUAAAUUAAUAAAAGUUUUCCCUUAACUUCUGUGAGAGAAAAUUAUUAAAUACAUUUUUUUUUUAUUUCAAACGAAAAAAACUAAAAAAAACUAAAGAAGUAGGUAGUUCAAAUUUCACGUGAUUGGAACUUUUUUUUUAACGCUCGCACGUUUCAGGGACUUCAUACGUACCUAGUUUAAGUUAAGUUUAGUCGUGUAAAAUGGGCGGCAACGCAGAUUGAUCGUUGUUCCAAAUUUAUUUUUGUAUUUGGACAGGCAUGUAUGUUUGUACCUAUGCGAGGCAGUACCGGUUUCUGUUGGACGCGAGCGACGUACCCGAACACAUCUUCACUGCCACUAAUUUAAAAAUAAAAAUAUUGGAAAUG